AGGAUGGGCGGAGUUCACUGAUGUAUGCAUCUCAGAAUGGACAUGUGGAGGUGGUUGACAAGUUAUUACAACAUGGAGCCACAGUAGACCUGCAAAAAGAGGAUGGGUGGAGUUCACUGAUGGCUGCAUCUCUGAAUGGACAUAUAGAGGUAGUGGACAAGUUAUUACAACAUGGAGCCACAGUUGAUCUUCAAGAUAAGAAUGGGUGGAGUUCACUGAUGGCUGCAUCUCAGAAUGGACAUGUGGAGGUGGUGGACAAGUUAUUACGAAAUGGAGCCACAGUAGAUCUUAUUACUACAGUAUCAGGACUCGGCACUAAUGAUGGGCCUGUUAUAACAACGACUUGACCACGGCUUCAGUCCUUCUCAGAGCUGGUGCCUACCCAAAUAGCUGCAACAAGUUUGGACAGACUCCACUACUGUUGGCUGUAAGAAAGAACAAUGUGGCAAUGGUCAAGGAAUUGAUAGGGGCAGGAGUUGAUGUUAACAAAAUGGAGCAGGAAGGACUCUCUGCUUUGAUGAUGUGUUGUGACGAGGGAAAUUCAGAGAUGGCAAAACUUCUACUUCAUUAUCAGGCUAAUGCUGACCUCCAGCAAUCGAAACUGGAUACACAGCUCUGAUGUUUGCCUGCAAGGGAGGUCAUCUCGACACAGUAAUGGUUCUCAUGGAACACGGAGCUGAUGCAAAGAUUAGGAAUGUGGAAGGCAUCACAGCAUCCGAUGUGGCAUCAGCCAAUGAAUUUUGGGAUUUGUGUGCCGUAAUUGAACUAAUGGAGCCACAAGCUACAGCUCAUAUCACAGAGCACCCUGACACUUCUCUGAUGAAAGAAACAGUGGACGAAGUGGUCAAAAGGUUCCAUGCUCAGAUGGAUCAUGUCCCAUUGUUAUCACUGUAUGACAGCGACAAAGAUGUGGCCCUCAAAGUCCCAACAGCAUAUUUUAAACAUCAUCACACAUGAUUUGUGUAUACUGUGCAUCGAUCCAUAUCCUCUUCCAAUGCAUGGCACCUGCUGAAUCCUACACUCUUAUCCUACAUUUUAACGCCUUGUGCAUAAGGC